GUUUGCGCGUCACCGGGUGCGAGUGCGCGCGCUCCGCGUGUCUAUAAAGGAAACUGCGCGCGCUCCGGUGGCGUUAAGAGUGCGCGAGGGGUUUGUUCAGAGAGCUGGAGCCGACAUGAUCACUCUGUGCACCGGAACCGUGUGGUUUAUAUCGUUUACAGCAGCCGUUUGGGCGAGUUUGCACCCGGAGUGCGAGUAUAUAUUCCAGCUGGAGCGAGAAGAGCGGCUCUGUCUGAAAGGAAUCGCUGAACAUGAAAACCUCAGCUCUUCAGGGCAGACGGGCUGCCUCCCAGCAUGGGACUCUGUGGUGUGUUGGCCCAGAGCUGCAGUUGGAGAAAUCGUACAGUCCCCCUGUCCUGCUGUUUUCUCUCUCUUUAGCAACCACACAGGUACAGUGAGUCGUAACUGCACCAGUUUGGGCUGGUCGCACCCGUUCCCUCCCUACCACGAAGCCUGCAGCAUCGACGACGACAUCCCAGAGGAAUCAUACUUCACCACGGUGCGACUGAUCUACUCCGUCGGCUACGGAGCCUCUCUGAUCUCGCUGUCCGUGGCGGUUGUAGUCCUGCUGAUCUUCAGGAGGCUGCAUUGUGCAAGAAACUACAUCCACAUCCAGCUGUUCAUCAGCUUCAUCCUCAAAGCAGCAUCUGUGUUCAUUAAGGACGCUACGCUCUUUGGCAGCGAAGAUAUCGACCACUGUUCCCUCUCUACUGCAGGCUGUAAGGCUUCUGUCGUGUUCUGUCAUUACUGUGUGAUGAGUAAUUUCUCCUGGCUGCUGGUGGAGGCGGUGUAUCUCAACUCUCUACUGCUGUCUGCUCGGAGUCGCCCCUGUCUCUGGGGCUUCUCUCUGCUGGGCUGGGGAGGUCCUUUGGUAUUUAUCCUGCUCUGGAUCGUCUCCCGGCUCUAUUUUGAGGACACAGAAUGCUGGGACAUUAACGAGGAUUCUCCUUACUGGUGGAUCAUCAAGGGUCCCAUUAUCAUAUCUAUCGGGAUCAACUUUCUGUUGUUCUUGAACAUCAUCAGGAUCCUGGUGCAGAAGUUGAACCCGCGUCUAAUCCAGUUCAACAACUCGGCACAAUACAGACGCCUGACCAAGUCGACUCUUCUGCUCAUCCCUCUGUUCGGGACACAUUACGUGGUGUUCAACUUCCUGCCGGACUACACUAACAUCAGCCUGCGUCUGUGUUUAGAGCUGUGCCUCGGCUCCUUUCAGGGUCUCAUAGUGGCCAUUCUGUACUGUUUCCUCAACCAAGAGUCUGGCAUCCGAUCCACGGCGUAUUUCCAUCUCAUUUGCAGCGAGAUAGACUGCAGAUUCACCGUGACUCUGCCCAGGAUACUGUGCUUACUAAAGAUAAAUAAUUUGUGUGCUUCAAUAUAACAAUAACAGCAGCAAAAUACAACAUAAAACAAAAUAUUAUAAAUGAAAGAGUGCCUGUAUUUCACACAGACAUGCUAUUAUUGUGUGGUAUUGAUCCAGUAUAUAUGUAUGUAUGCAUGUGUGUGUGUUUUAGGUCCAGAAGGAGGUGCGACUGAUGUGGAUGCGCUGGCAGGAGAGCAGUUACGGAGUCGUUAUCGCUGGUGCCAAAGGCAGUCAGAUGGAUACACCAUUCUGAUUCGAUGUCUGUGUUCAACACUCAAGAGACUCUGGGGUUUAUUUAUUUCUUUCCCCUUUUUAUCUGAUAUUUUUUGCCCACAGCAAGACAGCACGGCUGCAAUGGUUGGCUCCUGUUGUCAAAUGAUGGCUUCGCUGUAGUGCUUCAGGUCUCAUGUGGGACUCGCGUGUAGUUCAGGAAGCUGUGACGCUGUGACGCAAAACCGACUGGAGUCAAAAGAAAUGAAACACAAGACAUCGCCUCGAGAUUUAAGAAUAAUAGCCAAACUGGGCAUCUCACUUCUGACUGGGGGUGGAGCUUAUUUCUGGGCUGGAAAUUUUUUAAAUGGAAGUCUGAAAUAAACCAGAUAAAGAGAAAUACUGCAGAAAAAUAAAACAAAUCUCUGUUUUUCUUAAAUAUCAUUGACGUUGUAAGAUUAUUCCUGAUUUUGACACACAUUUAAAAAUGACAAAUGACACCUUUAAUUAUUGCAAGCUAGUACAAGUUGGGUACAGCUGAUUUACUCCAGAGAAUCAUUAAAAAUCUAGACUAGGUUGUGACAUUUAAAGGUUGUGUUUGUGUGUAUGUGUGUGAAUUUUCUUUAAAGGACACUACAAGGGACAAAAACAUUCAUAUCACACUGUAAUAAGCCCAGAAUGUUACCGGCCCACGUGGUAAAACACGACCGAUGUUCCAGACAUAUGCCUUAAAAAUGCGUUCGCUCACUUCUUUGAUUUUAUGUUAGUAAGCGUAGAUGUUUUAGUUUUAAAGACAGAAUAGAACGGAUCAUAUAAGAAAAAAACGAGCAGACUGUUUAAGAGAAGGCACUGGUGCUGUUCUGAGAGAGAUAGCUAUCAUUUUGGCUCUGUUAGAGUCACCAUGACCUGAAAUCAUACCAUUGUGUUUGUGAUGAUGGACGAUGACAGAAAAGGACGAUUUUAAGUAAGAGACAAAUCACAUUCUCAAAUUCUCUUCUUUUUAGGCAUCUGUUUAAAAUGAUUCCUUUUUUAUACAUCAAAUCUGUUUAUAAUCAAUUUUAUAAUCCAUUUACAUGCAGUACAUGUAUUUUUGGUGAUAUUCAGCCUUUUUGCUCUUGUUGUUCUCGUUUGGGAAAAGAAAAUAGGAAACAUUCGUACAGUCUGUUGUCAUAUUCUGCACUGUUCUCCUCACAAUUUUCUCCUUCAUGUAUUAAACAUAUUUAUCCACAGAAAUGAACCAAAGCAUAAUUUGUCUAUCUUAUUUUAUGUUU